UAUACUGGCAGUCAGAUAUCUCUUGCACAACAGAAUCUUGUAAACACACCACCGGCAGCUUCUAUAAAGGCUGACCGCCUCUCUGACACUCAGUCAUAGUUCCUUUGUGACAGCUAUUGGUUUCCUGUUAUAUUUUGAAGCCGAUCAGCUCUAGCAUCAUGUGGAUCAGCAGUUCUUUUCUGGUGGCGGGGCUGUUUCUGAGCACCUCGGCCCUGACGCCUGAAGAAUGCCAACCCUUGGUCAAGCCUUUGCCUCUGAUUGAACCCUCAAUGAUGUAUGGCAGGUGGAUCACUAUUGCAGGUUACGUUGAUGGUGAAGGAUUUAAUGCCAUUCUGAAGGCAACAGAGAGCACCUGGGUGAAUGUGACUCAAUCACCGUCCAGCCCAAAUGUAGUCGUCACACAUGAGAAGGACAAGAUAAAUGGAACCUGCGUGGACUUUGCUGUCAAUGUCACCAUUGAUGGCAACACUGGAUCAGGGUCACUAGUCAUGGACAUGAUCAAUUCGAAGUUCCACUUGCUGCCAAGCUGUGAAGGCUGUUUCGUCAUGAACGUCAACACCACCGCCAGAAACCUCGACAUGAUAUUUCAGCAGUUAAACUUCAACAUGGACGUUACAGGGGAGGAGAUCCACGUUCGGGCCCUUUAUUUGAUAGGCAAAGAGUCCACCCUGAAGGACUCUGACGUGGAACGUUUCAAGCAGCAGGCGAGCUGCCUCGGCUUCUCCAGAGAACCAGACUUCCUCUACGACCCCAAGAACGAACUCUGUGCUUAAGGCGAGAGCAUGAAGUUUCGACCAAAUUUUACAAAUAUUUUGUGAUGAAAAGGGACUCAAACCAUCAAAUGUCUCGCCCGUAGUUUGGGAUUCAUAGUCUAAUAAAAUGGUGUGACACAAAAGGUUCUCAAGCUGUGACUGUGUGAGCUAAAGAUACUGUGUGAGGUGAAAGGGACAGGUGCAUGCUGGUACUUUAACAACAGGAAGUGUUGGAGCUGCAGCUGUGACGCACAUAUCAAGGAGCUGAUUAACAUCCCUUAUUACACAUUACAGACGGAUUGCUUUCACCAAAAAUCCCAAAUGGAGUCCCAACUCAGUCAAAUCAGAC